AUGAGAGAAUAUAUUAAAAAUUGUUUUGCGAACGAAAGAGAAGGAAAUAAGAAAGAAGAAGAAAGAAGACAAUACUGUCUUAACGUAGCUACUCUGCACACCAAGCCAGUCAUAUUGCGAAGAGAGUCGGGGCAACAAAUAGCUAUUGUUGAGGCGCGGUUCCGUCGCUUUGCUCUAAUGUACCGUGAUACGCUUCAAGUGCGGCGUGAGCUUUUGAAGAACUUAGUGUAUGGCUACUCUUUACUAAUUGAUAUAGGGUUU